AUGUCUCUUCUGAAGUACGGCACCUCCAACAAUGCAAAGUUCUCCUCCAUCCUUUAUUGGAAAGUCAGAGUAGACUAUUUCCAGCAUCCGCGGUAUUUUGACUUGUGCAAAGAUUAUUAUGAUUAUUUUGGCACAAUCAAUCACAUACACGACGGCAAUUCUGCUGAUGAAUUUCUGCUGAUGGAUCUCUGCACAGAGAUGAUCUGUAGCAGAAUAUCAAGGUGCAUCUGUUCAAACAGUAGAAUGCUGAAAUACACAGUGCUCUGGUCUGUUUUGAUCCUCUUAGUUGUCUCUGAACAGAAUGAUCUCUGCAAUACGAAGGAGCUUCAAAGAGAUGUGAAGCUUGCCAUUCAAACUUCAACUCCGAUGACACAAAUGUUUCGAACCCCGAUCAGUUUUCAGCUCCACAAAAAUUGCAGCAACAGCACCUUCAAUUGUUUCGCACGUCAGAUUACUUCGAAGAACUUUUCUAACUUUACAGGCCCUCUGAAGACAUUAAGGAAAACAAUUAAAGAAUGGAAACCUGUUUGUCUGGAUAAGAACACAACUGUACCAUCAGGUUGCACUCAAUGCAAGAAGUACAGAAAACAGAAUGUCAAACAAUUCUUGGAAAAAUUUGAAACAUUUCUAAUAUUAAGAAAGAAGGAAAUGUAA